AGGCGGGAGGCGGGGCCGAGCCAGAGCCGGAGCUGGAGUCUGAGACUGCGGUUGCAGUGGAGGCGGUGAUGUCGGUGCAGGUUGUGUCAACAGCGGCUGCCGCGAAGGUGCCUGAGGUAGAGUUGAAGGACCUGAGCCCCUCCGAGGCGGAGCCGCAGCUGGGACUGAGUACGGCGGCUGUGAGUGCCAUGGUCCCCCCUGCAGGCGGCGGGGACCCUGAGGCUCCAGCUCCCUCCGCGGAGCGGCCCCUGGCCCCUGGUCCGGGCUCGGGGCCCGCGGCCGCUCUCAGUCCUGCGGCCGGGAAAGUGCCUCAGGCGUCGGCCAUGAAGCGGAGCGACCCUCAUCACCAACACCAGCGGCACCGAGACGGCGGCGAGGCCUUGGUCAGCCCCGACGGCACCGUCACCGAGGCGCCGCGCACAGUCAAGAAGCAGAUUCAAUUUGCUGACCAGAAGCAAGAAUUCAACAAACGUCCCACCAAAAUUGGACGUCGUUCUCUGUCUCGAUCCAUUUCUCAGUCAUCUACUGACAGCUACAGCUCAGCGGCUUCAUAUACAGAUAGCUCUGAUGAUGAGACCUCUCCCAGGGACAAGCAGCAAAAGAACUCUAAGGGAAGCACUGACUUCUGUGUCAAGAACAUCAAACAGGCAGAAUUUGGACGAAGAGAAAUUGAAAUUGCUGAACAAGAAAUGCCUGCACUGAUGGCUUUGAGGAAGAGAGCUCAAGGAGAAAAACCUUUGGCUGGAGCCAAAAUUGUGGGUUGCACACACAUCACUGCUCAGACUGCUGUACUUAUGGAAACUCUGGGUGCCCUUGGGGCACAGUGCCGAUGGGCAGCCUGCAACAUCUAUUCUACUCUCAAUGAAGUGGCUGCUGCUCUAGCAGAAAGUGGAUUUCCUGUCUUCGCCUGGAAAGGAGAGUCAGAAGAUGACUUUUGGUGGUGCAUUGAUAGAUGUGUGAAUGUAGAGGGCUGGCAGCCAAACAUGAUCUUGGAUGAUGGAGGGGAUCUCACUCACUGGAUUUAUAAGAAGUAUCCUAACAUGUUUAAGAAAAUCAAGGGCAUAGUAGAGGAGAGUGUUACUGGAGUUCAUAGGCUUUACCAGCUAUCCAAAGCUGGGAAGCUGUGUGUUCCAGCCAUGAAUGUCAAUGACUCAGUCACCAAACAGAAAUUUGACAACCUCUACUGUUGCCGUGAAUCAAUUCUUGAUGGGCUUAAAAGAACAACAGACAUGAUGUUUGGUGGAAAGCAGGUGGUAGUCUGUGGCUAUGGAGAGGUGGGAAAGGGGUGCUGUGCUGCUUUAAAAGCCAUGGGCUCCAUUGUGUAUGUAACUGAGAUUGACCCCAUCUGUGCUCUUCAAGCUUGUAUGGAUGGAUUUCGACUGGUGAAAUUAAAUGAGGUCAUCCGACAAGUGGAUAUUGUUAUUACCUGUACAGGUAACAAGAACGUGGUAACCAGAGAGCACUUGGACCGAAUGAAGAAUAGCUGCAUUGUCUGUAACAUGGGACAUUCCAACACGGAGAUUGAUGUGGCAAGUCUACGGACUCCAGAACUGACCUGGGAGCGAGUGAGAUCCCAAGUUGACCAUGUAAUAUGGCCGGAUGGCAAGAGGAUAGUAUUAUUGGCAGAGGGCCGUCUGCUGAAUCUAAGCUGCUCCACAGUGCCUACAUUUGUGCUCUCAAUCACUGCUACUACUCAGGCUCUUGCCUUGAUAGAGCUUUACAAUGCUCCUGAGGGUCGCUAUAAGCAGGAUGUCUACCUGCUGCCCAAGAAAAUGGAUGAGUAUGUGGCGAGCCUACAUCUGCCUACCUUUGAUGCCCACCUGACAGAGCUGACAGAUGAACAAGCCAAGUAUCUGGGACUCAACAAGAACGGACCCUUCAAGCCUAAUUACUACAGGUAUUAAGUUCCUGUAACUCAAGCCAGAAGAAGUUUUAAGGAAUAGAAUAAGUCUUUUCUCCAUUCCUACACAGGAAAGAACCCAGCAAGCUGCUUCUCCAAUCAGCUGCCUGCCGUGCUCACUCUAUAUAUUAGGUUAUUUAUUUAUUAAAAUUUAGAAUCCUGUGCCUGUUGCCUUGACCCAGAGUGUGGUUACUGCCCCACGGGCUGUGAGACCCACAAAGGGCAGGCUGAGGAAGGAAAGAAAUGGGGUAGCUGUUCCCAGUGCAUCAUCUGUGUCACUCCCCAUUGACUAUGGAUCCUCAGCAAUGGUCAUUUUCCUCUUGGCCAGGGUCAGGAGUGAGUCCAGGGAUUCCACACUCCUUAUUCCCUGGGGUUUUCUGGAAUAAGCAUUCAGCAGCUGCCUUUCUCAGCUUUGGCCCUUUCCCAGAUGAGGCCUUUGAGAAGCCACUGAGUUAUUGUGGCCUGGAUUCCCAGCUUGACUGUCACUGUCACUGCCUUCUUUAUAAAAUGGCUAGGAAGGAAGGUUAUGGCUUGGCGAGUGACACCAAGAACUCAGCUGUGCCUGUUCUUACUAGGAGUCUCCUCCCUUACCAGGACUCCUUUCUCCUCCUUCAAAAUUAUAUCUAUUUUAAUACUUUCUAGUUCUAAAAGGAAGGUACGUCCAUUAUUUCCUCAGCAGUUCUGCUGUUUGUCAGACAUUUGUUUUGCCAUCAUUCUAACCCAGGUAAACCUCUACUCAGGAAGUAGGGGCCAGCCCCGCUGGGGCCUGUAGUUUUGCUUUCUUGUCAUUUAACUGGAUAGUUUGCCAGAAAGCUCCCUCCAGAUUGGUACCGUCUCAAAGAAGGAGGGCUUGUUGUGAAACACUGCUUCCUGAAACUUCCUCUUAUUGCCUAGACUUGCUUCUGAAACUGAGCAGGGAAAGAUAUACUUUCCAAUGGAUUUGAAGGAUAGGGCUUUGGAAACGGGAUGGGUCUUUCAGGCUUACAGCUUGACAUCCUAAAGAAGCAGAAUAUAUUUUUCUCCUGGGAAGGGCUUUGCUGCUUAACUGGCUAAGCUGUACAGAGAUGACACUAUGAACUGUGUCCAGAUGAUCAAAGCUAGUUUGACUAGUUUGAACCUCAUCAGACAUUCCCCUUUAGGCAUUAACAUUGAUGAACUGAGAUCUAAUGUCUCUGCAAUUUAGUCUGUGGUCUUUCUUUUCUGCUGGAAUAGCUAUUCAUGUUCUAGUGUUUUCUGUCUUUGGGUUCUAUUUCAGAGGUAUUUCUUGAGUAACUCCAACAUCACAAAAAACUAGUAAUAUAAUAUGAGCAACAUGAAAUUUUAUGUCUCACCUAAGAUUGGGAUUUUUUUUUUUUUAAGACCUGUUGUUCUUAAGGGUUCCACUGAGAUCAAAUUGGUUCUAAGAGUUAAAGUCUAGAGUAAUCCUAGGAAUUUAAAUGAAAUGAGUCCCUUUUCCCCCAACCAACCCUCCUCAAUACUCUCCAGUUUGUCUGUCUUCCUUUUUUUUUUUUUUUCCUAUCCUGAUCUGCCUCCAAAUCUCAAGCCCAAGGUGACUCAAGCCGACACCACCAAACCACCCAGGAUCACUGUAACCUCUCCAGCCUGACUCUCCUCCCUUACUUCACCUUCUUUAACUUCCUCUGGUCUUCACAUAUACCCUCAGAGCUAGUCUGGAAGUGACCUUCCUUUUGGAGGUAGGGAGGUGGACCUUGGGUAAAUGGCUGUUUGACUCAUUAAAUAGUAUACAGGCUCAGCCCAUAGAGUCUGGUCCUUAGAGGCCAUGUGUCUUAGCAAGUACUGGAAAAGUACCACAUACAUGGAUAUAUUUUCAUGAGGAAGAUCAUAAAUGCUGAAAAUUCCACUAGGCUACUCAAUUCUUCCUUUUGCCUAUCUAGUUCUGACUUUUUAUUAAUUAACUGAAUCCCUUUAGCAAGAGAUGCAGAUCUUUGUAUCUCAUAUCUAGAGCAGAUACCAUUAGGCAGAUAUCUGGACUCUAGCCUAUUGUGUUUGUAGGCCAAAAAUCAUAACCUGCUGUUUCUCAACAAAGCCUAGCUUUCUGUGGAUCUUACUGUGUACUGAUCCUGACAGAACACACUCUGCCUUGCAAUAGUGGAGACCCAUUCCAAAUUUAAAAGGAGCCACAUUAGGCUUCCAAAUUAGAUUGCCAGUGUUGCUGCCCAUAGUGAGGUAUUUGCCCCUGAAUUUCAGAUCACCAAUCUUCCUUUCUCUCUGGCGACCUUGUGUCAUCAACUAUUAAGAAAGAGGCCCAGGCCACCUAAGUAUUUGGAUUCUAUCUUAGUAUUGGAAUUUGGUCAUUAUUCCCUCUACCUUUGGAAUCAGAACAAAUGUGUCUUCUUCCCUCAAGCUCUCACCUAAAUGCCUCCUAGGUAUCUGGAAGCAUGGGAAAGAACUUAUUACCUCUUUGUAUGCAGCCCUGGCUUGGGGGGAUACUUAACAUUUUCUCUACAGGUAGUGCUAGUUUUUGAGGUCUUUUUUUGCCUUCUUAAUGGAAAUAACCUUUUUUCUCAUUUAAAAAAAAAGGUAUCUGGUCUACUUUCUGCCCUCCUUUCUCCUCGUCCCACCCUCUCAUAUGAGCACGGCUCCCUGUGGCCACAUAUUCCUGCAAAGCUUUUCUGCUGCUUGGCUUUUCUCUGAACAGGUCUGAAAUUGCUGCUCCUGUGAUAUUCUCAAAAUUAACUUUGUCAUGAUUUUAAAAUGAAAUCAAAAUGCAUUGCUGCAUUUAGCUUUUUUAAUAAAGGAAAAUUAUGGAAAGAAAAUAGGCAACACCAGCAAAUUAUAUGUGGACAAGUUCUAAACUAUAUAUACAUACAUGUAUAUGUAUAUGUGUGUGUGUGUGUGUAUAUAUACAUAUAAAUAUAUAUACACAUAAAAAUAAUCAUCUAGUUCUUAUUGUCAUCUUACUGAAAGGAAACAAAGCCUCUAAGGAUUGCCAUUUCUGAGAGGCUCUUGGAAAUCUUUAUGUCUAAGUGAUGGUAUUAGAUCAGCAAUAAUGACAAUGUAAUCUCAAAAUAAAUAAAAUAUUCUUAAAAUGCA